ACAACACAGAUCACCGCUCUGGCUGGAAUAUACUGGGAAUACAUAGUUGUUGGAAAUGAACGAACUUUUACCAAAAGAUCGAGCUGCAUCCCUCGCAAGCUAUGCAGACAAGCAUGAGCUUUUUGAUCUCUUCCAAAGUAUCACAUCCCGGAUGGUAAUGGACCGGCCGGAUGAUGUCAUUCAGUUUCUAAUUGAGCAGCUGCAGAAGCCUACCGCACAAGGAAUUGCUGUCAUCGGACCCCCGUCUUCGGGGCAGGCAAAAAUUGCUGAGCAACUUGCCCUCCAUCUUGACGCAGUACAUAUAUCUGCCGGUCGGCUCCUAGCUACUGCAAUUGAACGACAAACCAGCUUAGGGACGCAGGCUCGUCCAUACCUCGAGCGUGGAGAGUAUGUGCCAGAUAAUGUUAUGCUGGGACUUGUCACCGCGCGCUUGCAAGAUCCCGAAGUUGGGAUGCGCGGAUUUGUUUUAGAAGGCUUCCCGAGGACAAAGGAACAAGCAAAGGGAUUAAUUAGCAGAGGAAUUUUGCCAGAGCGAGUCGUUGUAUUUGACAUCCCAGACGAAACUAUCGUCAGCCGCUUGACGCAAACUCGCAUUGACCCAAUUACCAAUCGAAUGUAUCAUCUCACGCUAGAUCCUCCUCCUCAGAACCCUACAAUCCUUUCUCGAUUGAUACAGCGGUCCACCGAUACUGAAGCCGCUGUGCGCACACGCUUGAAUCAGUAUCGGCGUCACCUCUUCGGCAUAUACAGCUCCUUUGAUAAGGAGUGCCUUCGAAAGCUCGUCCUUCCUGAUGGGAUCAUCGGCCAUGAGGAAGAAGCACUAAAGGAAGUUAUUUCCGAGGUUGGAAAAGGACGAGUAACGAGGGCCCCGAGAAUGAUGAAAGUAAUAGUAGGUGGACUUCCUGGGAGCGGCAAAACCAGUGUGGCCCGCAUGAUAGAGAAAGAAUUCGCUGUGGUUUGCGUGUCUCCCCGCACCGUAAUCCUGGAAGAAUUGUCUCUUGGCACGGGAAUAGGGAAGGAGUUGGCCAAUUAUGCCAACAACCCCGAUGACGCACCCGAUGAUCAAAUUCUCCAACUGAUUGCCAAUCGCUUGAAGCGUCAGGAUUGCGUAGACCGAGGAUGGGUUUUGGAUGGAUAUCCGCGAACAAAGGCACAAGCUGACGCUUUAGCGGAGAAAGGCAUCCUACCUAAUCGGGUCCUCCUGCUACGAGUAUCUCCGGAGACCUGUUAUACGCGGCUCACACAACGUCGAUAUGACCCCCUUACGAAUCGAAUGAUCAAUCUUGCCACGACCCCACAUCCAGAAGUCACAAAUCCGCUUCACUAUCCGUCUACUGAUCCUACUACGUGGCCGAUUCGGCCUAUAGAUACCCCGUCCGCAGUUCAAAACCGGCUGCAAACGUACCCAUCCGCCCAAUCAGAGUUGUCAGCUGCUUAUGGAGGAGGGAGAACAGUCAGCAGACAGGGAAGAGCUGCAAUGGGGCGCGAGGGAGUAGCAAUUGUGCAAGCAGUCGAUGCCGAGGGUGUUGAAAGCGAAGACGUGAACGGUAUUGUGCCUGGAAUGGAAAGAGUGUUUGAAAGAGUUCGGGGAGCUCUGAUGAGAGGUGGAAAUAUAGCUGUCGAGAAAGAGGAUUAGAUGAGUUACAGCUGGGAAGUGAUAGUGUAAAGUAUGGGCGAGCUGUCGUAUGUGUCCCGGAGGUUAGGGUUGGGGGAAACCGUCCCUUGGUUCGGUUCGCACAAAAUGUCAAACGUAAGCUAGUAUUCUCUUGAUUUUCAUAAAGAUGCUGAGGUUUUGGAUAUAAUCGAUACCAGGAAAAGUGCCCACAAUCGUCAGGCCUUGAUACAAAUACUAUCGCCAACUAGUGCUACAGGCUGUC